UCUCUUCUCUGCAGAAUCGGCAGUCUAACACUGGUUCUUCCAAGCAUUAAAAAUCAUCACUCUGCUAUCCCAACUCACUGUUCAGAUGGGUCUUCCUGAAUGCAGCCUUUAUUACAACCUCACUGCUGCUUCAUACACUGCAGGAAUACCAUGUUUUUAAGUCAGGAGCUCUCUUUCUCGCUUUAUUAUAAUCAAGGGGUCUUACAACGACCCCAAUACUGUUAAAAAGCACAGUGCUUUAUAACAGUAAAGCUUCUGGAAAACCCAAACAAAAGACACGUCACCCGGUGACGUCAGCCUAUAUACAGUUCUGUGUGGUCGCAGCACAUAAGCAAUUCCAUUCUUGUGCCGUUUCUCGGAAAAGCUUUUCAGUAAAUGCACUCAUGCUGCUCCAGGAGCUCUUCUCUGCAACAAGCCGCCCAUCUGCCAUCAACAAGUUAAGACCGAGAGAACUAACGGCUGCGGAAAGGAGAGACUGAAGCUUUGAUUAACCAGCUGAGCAGUUAAAGGAGGACGAAAUUUAAUAACUUACAUUCAAAACUGAUUGAGGAAUCAGAGAAGACAGAGAAAAUGAAACCAAUGCUUUCGAGAGGAAUAUCCUAAGGAAAAAAUAACUCACCCUGCUGGAUGAUUUUACUCAGAAAGCCUGGGACACAGAAAACAGGAAACUGGUCAAAGGCUCCUGCAUGUUAGAGCCUUUUACAGACUCACUGCGUUGAGUCUAACAACCGCGACUGAAUGCAGCCUCCAAUGUGCUCAGAAGAAUGGGCUUACAUUUCAAGUGGCCAUUAGGGGCCCCUAUGCUGGCAGCAAUAUAUGCAAUGAGUAUGGUUUUAAAAAUGCUGCCUGCCCUGGGUAUGGCGUGUCCACCCAAAUGCCGCUGCGAGAAGCUGCUCUUCUACUGCGACUCUCAGGGCUUCCGCUCAGUGCCAAACGCCACAGACAAGGGCUCUCUGGGCCUGUCCCUGAGGCACAAUCACAUCACAGAGCUCGAAAGGGAUCAAUUUGCCAGCUUCAGUCAACUUACCUGGCUCCACUUAGACCACAAUCAAAUUUCAACAGUAAAAGAAGAUGCUUUUCAAGGACUAUAUAAACUUAAGGAAUUAAUCUUAAGUUCCAACAAAAUAUUUUAUUUACCAAACACAACUUUUACUCAACUGAUUAACCUGCAAAAUUUGGACCUGUCUUUUAAUCAGCUGUCAUCUCUGCACCCAGAGCUCUUCUAUGGCCUUCGGAAACUGCAGACCUUGCAUUUACGGUCCAACUCCCUGCGGACUAUCCCAGUACGCCUAUUCUGGGACUGUCGUAGUCUGGAGUUUCUGGAUUUGAGCACAAACCGUUUGCGAAGUUUGGCUCGCAAUGGAUUUGCAGGAUUAAUCAAACUGAGAGAGCUUCACCUAGAGCACAACCAGCUGACGAAGAUUAAUUUUGCUCAUUUCCUACGGCUAAGCAGUCUGCACACACUCUUCUUACAAUGGAACAAAAUUAGCAACUUGACAUGUGGGAUGGAGUGGACCUGGGGCACUUUAGAAAAGCUAGACCUGACUGGAAAUGAAAUCAAAGCCAUCGACCUGACAGUGUUUGACACGAUGCCUAAUCUUAAAAUUCUCCUCAUGGAUAACAACAAGUUAAAUAGCCUUGAUUCCAAGAUCUUAAACUCCCUGAGAUCCCUCACAACUGUUGGCCUCUCUGGCAAUCUGUGGGAAUGCAGCCCUCGAAUAUGUGCUUUGGCCUCCUGGCUGGGCAGUUUCCAAGGUCGGUGGGAACAUUCCAUCCUAUGUCACAGUCCUGACCACACCCAAGGAGAGGAUAUACUAGAUGCAGUCCAUGGAUUUCAGCUCUGCUGGAAUUUAUCAACCACUGUCACUGCCAUGGCUACAACUUAUAGGGAUCCAACCACUGAAUAUACAAAAAGAAUAAGCUCAUCAAGUUACCAUGUGGGAGACAAAGAAAUCCCAACUACUGCAGGCAUAGCAGUUACUACUGAGGAACACUUUCCCGAACCAGACAAUGCCAUCUUCACUCAGCGGGUAAUUACAGGAACAAUGGCUUUAUUGUUUUCUUUCUUUUUUAUUAUUUUUAUAGUGUUCAUCUCCAGGAAGUGCUGCCCUCCCACUUUAAGAAGAAUUAGGCAGUGCUCAAUGAUUCAGAACCACAGGCAGCUCCGAUCCCAAACACGACUCCAUAUGUCAAACAUGUCAGACCAAGGACCGUAUAAUGAAUAUGAACCCACCCAUGAAGGACCCUUCAUCAUCAUUAAUGGUUAUGGACAGUGCAAGUGUCAGCAGCUGCCAUACAAAGAAUGUGAAGUAUAAUAUCUACCCGUCAUCAAAAAUUACAUCAGAUAAGUAACCUAUUUUACAUAGUAGGGGAUAAAUACAUACCUAAUUUUUACCAAUGGUGACAUUAAGCCUAAUUUUCCAAACCAAGUGGAGACUUAAGUUUUUGAAGUGUUGAAGUAUUUUUAAUUUUUUUUAAUGAACCCAUAUUUUAAGUGUUAUAUGAAGCAAAGCUCAUAUUAAUUUGCACUCUUGUUGCAAAGUCUAAAAAUGCUUAUUUCAAAAUAAGACAUUUCAUGUAUGUAAUUAUUAUAUACUAUCAUGUGUAAACAUUUACACUAAGGUCUCCAUAUGCUAUUUUUUUCUACUGAAAACAGUUUGGAAAGAAGCUACUGAGCAGAAAAAGAUAUGGAUCAAUACUUGUUAGAUCACUGCUCUCCAUCCCAAGAACCACAACUGGCUUGCUGCUUAAAAGGAGGCUUAGCAAAGUUUUCAUCUAUGACAAUUUGGUAUUUACUCAAAUCUACAAUUUAUUGCCAGUGUGGGAAGUAGAAUUUCAUGUAUGCUGAAGACUGGUAAAUAUUAAACACUCUUCUUCCAGAGUUUUUGCCUGGGUUAGUAGAUACUAUCAAAGUCCACAUUAUGAAAUCAGAACCCUUUAUGUAAUUCUAAUAAGCUGAGUGACUCUCUUUAAUAUAUUUAAACAAUGAAUCCAAGUGAUUGUGAAAAGGUCUCAUUACAAUGAAAUCAAUAGUAAAUAAUCACACUGACUUCACA